GGCGGGCGGCGGUGUCGGCCGGGCCCCCUCUCCCGCGGCAAGCCCCACCUUUCGGCUUUCCCGCACCGUCAAUCAAAAUAGGAAAAAAAACCCGGAGUAGGCUCGGGCCGCCGCCGCCGCUUCAGCCCGCCGUGAGCACAAUAAGCAUGUCCCCGGCGGCAGCCGCCUAGCCCCAGCCAGCAGGGCCUGUGUGCGAGCCAGCCAGCCUGCCUGCCUGCCUCCCGCCCAGCCAGCCAGCCAGCCGGCCGCUCGCACUCACACCAUGACCGCUCCCGAGAAGCCCGUGAAACAAGAGGAAAUGGCUGCCUUAGACGUGGACAGCAGCAGCCACAGCGAAUAUCUCCAGCACGGCAACGGCGCCGCCUCGGCCUCCGCCGGGGCGGCCGCCCCCCAGGACGCGCAGCCGUCACCGCUCGCUCUGCUGGCGGCCACCUGCAGCAAGAUCGGCCCGCCGUCGCCGGAGGAGGAUGAGGCCGCCGCCGCCGCCGCUGCCUCUCACUCUGCCGGAGCGACAGGGGAUUUGGCUUCUGUGCAAUUAGCUGGAGCUCCAAACAGAUGGGAGGUCUUGUCUGCAGCUCCUACCACUAUAAAGGACGAAGCUGGUAAUAUAGUACAGAUUCCAGGUGCUGCCACAGUAACUUCAAGUGGGCAGUAUGUCCUUCCUAUUCAGAGUUUGCAAAAUCAACAAAUCUUUUCUGUUGCAUCAGGAUCAGAUUCGUCGAAUGGUACAGUGUCUAACGUACAAUACCAAGUAAUACCCCAGAUCCAGACAGCGGAUGGUCAGCAGGUUCAACUUGGCUUUGCAGCCUCUUCUGAUAAUAGCAGUAUAAAUCAAGAAACUGGUCAAAUUCAGAUCAUUCCUGGCUCAAAUCAAACCAUCAUUGCCUCUGGAACAUCUUCAGCUAAUAUUCAGAAUAUCUUAUCUGGUCAGUCUGGUCAAGUCCAGGUUCAGGGCGUUGCAAUUGGUGGUUCGUCUUACCCUGGCCAAGCGCAAGUGGUUGCUAACGUCCCUCUUGGACUGCCAGGGAAUAUUACUUUUGUACCCAUUAAUAGUGUUGAUCUAGAUUCUCUGGGACUUGGCAGUGGUUCUCAAACCAUGACAGCAGGCAUUAAUGCAGAUGGGCACUUGAUAAAUACUGGACAGGCCAUGGAUAGUUCAGAUACUUCUGAGAGGACUGGUGAGCAAGUUUCUCCUGAAAUUACAGAAACUGCCACUGAUAAUGACUUAUUUGUGCCAACGUCAUCUUCAUCGCAAUUGCCCGUUACCAUAGACAGUUCAAGUAUAUUGGAACAAAAUGCAAAUGACUUGACCACAACUAGUGGUCAAGUUCAUGGUUCUGAUCUUCAGGGAAAUUACAUCCAGACAUCAGUCUCUGAUGACACGCAGGCUCAGAAUAUUCAGGUCUCCACAGCACAGCCAAUUGUACAACACAUACAGCUACAAGAGUCGCAGCAGCCAACCAGUCAAGCCCAGAUUGUACAAGGUAUCGCGCAACAGACAAUCCAUGGUGUUCAAGCAAGUCAAAGUAUAUCUCAACAGGCUCUUCAAAAUCUUCAACUGCAGCUGAAUCCUGGAACUUUCCUAAUUCAGGCACAAACAGUGACCCCUUCUGGGCAGAUAACCUGGCAGACAUUUCAAGUGCAAGGAGUUCAGAACUUGCAGAACUUGCAAAUUCAGAAUGCACCUGGUCAACAAAUAACUCUGACUCCUGUGCAGACUCUCACUCUUGGUCAAGUUGCAGCAGGUGGUGCGUUGACAUCAACUCCAGUUAGUCUAAGCACUGCUCAAUUGCCAAAUCUACAGACAGUUACAGUAAACUCUAUAGAUUCUGCUGGUAUUCAGCUGCACCAAGGAGAAAAUGCUGGCAGUCCUGCAGAUAUUAGGAUUAAAGAAGAGGAUCCUGAUCCAGAAGAGUGGCAGCUCAGUGGUGAUUCUACACUGAAUACUAAUGAUCUAACACAUUUGAGAGUACAGGUUGUAGAUGAGGAAGGGGACCAACCACAUCAGGAGGGGAAAAGACUGCGACGAGUGGCAUGUACAUGUCCCAACUGCAAAGAAGGUGGUGGAAGAGGCUCCAACUUGGGAAAAAAGAAGCAACACAUUUGUCACAUACCAGGAUGUGGCAAAGUAUAUGGGAAGACCUCACAUUUGAGAGCUCAUCUCCGCUGGCAUUCUGGAGAGCGUCCAUUUGUUUGUAAUUGGAUGUUCUGUGGCAAAAGGUUCACUCGCAGCGAUGAGCUCCAGCGACACCGAAGAACGCACACAGGUGAGAAGAAAUUUGUCUGUCCAGAAUGUUCAAAACGCUUUAUGAGAAGUGACCAUCUUGCCAAACACAUUAAAACACAUCAGAAUAAAAAAGGUAUUCACUCUAGCAGUACAGUGCUGGCAUCAGUAGAAGCAACAUCUGAUGAUACUUUGAUUACUGCAGGAGGAACAACACUUAUCCUUGCAAAUAUUCAACAAGGUUCUGUUUCAGGAAUAGGAACUGUUAACACAUCUGGCACCAGCAAUCAGGAUAUUCUUACCAACACUGAAAUACCUUUACAGCUUGUCACAGUUUCGGGAAACGAGACAAUGGAGUAAAUAUUACACAAGAUACCUAUUAAUUGUGGUUAUUUUUAUACAGUAGUGAGAAGAAUAUUGUUCCUAAGUUCUUAGAUAUCUUUUUAUUGAUGUGCAAAAAUUUUUGGAUUGACAGUAACUUGGUUAUACAUGACACUGAAAUGCCUUACUUUGUAUGAUAUUCCAUAGUAUAUUAAAAUGGUAAAAUUGCAUGGGUUUUGUAGGUACUUUUGGAAUCUAGAAGAGAAGAAAUUUUACCAAGUUAUAUUAAAAAAAAAAAAAAAAAAGAAUUUAACGAUGGAAAUGGUAGUCUAACCAAAUGCAUCAAUCCUGUGUGGUUUAGUGUAAAAAAAAUGAGAACAUGUUGGUAUUUAUCUAUUGUAAGAUAAAAGAAGUUGAUGGGUGAAAAGAAAUCACAUUAUGAUAAAAGAAAUUUUGUAAUUUUCUUGAUGACUGGAAUUUUUAUUAUGCAUAACUGACAAAUCAAGUUUCCAAGCAAAUGUUACAUAGUGUAGGCUUUACUUAGCUCAUCAACUUGUCAUUUUGAAGCUAAUUAUUUUAAUUAGGUUAACUAUGUACAAUAUUUUAAGCAUUACUCUUGUAAGAUUUUGCAAACUACAUUUUAACAUGGAACUCUAGGGAUAGUCACCUUUUAAAUCCUAUUGAAAAGCCAUGUUUAAGAUUUAAUUUGCCAAAAUGAUGUCUUGUUAAUAUUCUUUCAAUAACCAAGGUGGGCAAUAUAACCAAUGUUUAAAAAGCUUAAAAUGUUAAGAAAAAUAAAUAUGUAUAGGUUGAAGCAUUUGGGUGGUAAGGCAGAUGUUAUAGUGAAGUAUAUCCCUUCUUUUGAACAUUGGAGGACCAAAAAUAAGGUGUAUUGCGUCUCAGCAGUGAUUUUUAUCAAAUCUUUUUCCAAAAAAAAAACAUCUGUAUGCCAGGGCCUUAAAAGCCAUCAUGUAAAUUACCAGUAAAAUAUAACAUAUGCAAAUACAAAAGAAAAAUCACUUCCAUAUUGACAGUACUCCCAAACAUAUGGGUAUAGUCAUAGUGAACUAGGAGGGUUAUGAGGUUUUUGUUUGUUUGUUGUUUAGUUUUUGGUUAGUCAAUCUGCAUUUAAAUAUCAGCCAUCUUUCCUUUUUUGCUUCUUCCCUUAAAAAUUGUAUGUAUCCAGUACAUUUAACUGAUAAACAUAUAUGUUUUUUAUUAUGCUGAAUUUUCUUUUUAUUUUUUAAUUACUGUUUAUAUUUUCAAUUAUAGAAAAUGUACAAAAUGAAGUUAUAUAGCCAGUCUGUAAGUGCUAUACCAUUUUCAAAAAAUGUACAACAAUAAUUACUGCAGUUCACCUAUUUACAAACAUUUGGAAAUCUGUUCAUUUGUUAUUCUUAAAACCACCUCAAAUUUAAAGGCUACCUUAUUGUACGUUUAAAGUGUAUUAUAACAGUGUG